AUGGUAGAAUCCAGUUUUGAUUUAGAACAGCAAAAACUGUGUGCAGAUCUGGAUAUGUACGACUACAUCAGACGUAACUUAGCCAUUGAUGUGACCAAGUUCCCAAAGUGGAUUCCCUGGAGUGAAGGACCGAUACUGGAAGGAAACGGAUGGCCAGCAAGAAUGUCAAUGGUCAUGCAUAACGGACACAUUGAUAUGAGACGAUGGCAAGAAGAAAUAGAUGAAGUAGAUAGACGUGAUGAGGCACAGGAAUUGGAGCUAGAAACACCACCUGAAGAUAAUGACGUAAAAUUGAAAACUCCAGAUCCCGAGGUUGCACGAAGAAAACGAUUUGUGAUGGACAAGAAGCGGUUACGGUGGUCACAGGCUAUAAUACCAUAUGUAUUCGAUGACUCUGUAGGAAUGGCUCCAAAUUUUGAGAAAAUAACGAAAAAAUCUGGUGUCCGACAUUUUGGCUAUUAUGAUAUGAGUUCAGUUAUGGGUUACAGUACAUGGGCGUUCAGCAAAAACACAAAGGACACCAUAACAGUUUUAGAUCCCGAGACGCAGUAUCUGGCAAUACAAAAAGACGUUACAGCAUAUUAUAUGUUCUAUGAGGCGCAACAAUUAUAUGAUAUGAGAGCGGAAAAGUGCCCGGAAUUCCAUGGAACCUGCAGGAAUAGAGGUUAUCUGUCUUAUGUCAAUGGAUCGUGCAGAUGUCGCUGCCCUGAGGGACUAGACUACAAGUCAAAUUGUGCUGAAAUUGAGGAGGGGCUGUCCGGUGGUGUUAUAUAUCUAACAGACUCAAAAGAUCGGGCCAAUAUUACCUCACUUGGGUACCCAGACACUCCAGCUAAUGCGUCAACAUGUGUGUGGUUUGUGAAGGGUCCGGCUGGAAGCAGGAUUGUGCUAGAUUUUGACAGUUUUAAUAUUCCAUACAGAAAAUCUUGUACAACAUAUGUUGAAAUACGUUUUGUCAUGCCAGGACAACCAGGUAUAAGAUACUGUGGCGAUAGUUUCAGCGAGACAGUUGUCAGUUACGGAGAGUACAUUGCUAUCACGCAUGCUGGAAACAGUGAUGAAAACCAAGGAAAAUUUGCUGCCAGCGUACGUCUCAUAAAAGAUGAAGAUUUGUGUUACACUGACGGUGGUAAGGACGGAAGUUACCAAGGAAAAUGCUACGAUAUCUUUGAUGAUUGUGGAAAACAGUUGCAAAAGAACCCACUAUACUGUCACAAUGACCCGGAGGCCAAGAGAGGUUGCAGAUUAUCGUGUGACUUUUGCAGUGACGUCACUAAAGUCCCUUCAGUGUCCAAUGUAACCUGCUCAGCCCCUGCAAAGAUGGUACCAGACGGGACAUUAAUUUCUGAUAAACUUACCUACAAGGUUGGGGAGGAAGCGGUAUACAGAUGCAACUCAAGCAAUUCCUCCGGGGAGAGGUCUGUAACUUGCACUUCGAAUGGAACAUGGACAUAUAUUGGCUUUGUUUGCGAUGAUAACCCAGGCUGUGCGGAUCAACGGUUAGAUUGUGAUACCUUGCUCGAGCGGACACCUACAAUGUGUACAGAACACAGUUAUUUUGCCGGAAUAAAAUGUGCAAAAACUUGUGGUCUUUGUACUAAACAUCAAAAAGUGGAGUGUGAUGUAGCUCUUGUUACUGGUAAUGUUACUGAAACAAGUACAGGACCGUACUAUGUUGGUAGUGUUGUACGCUACAAAUGCAUCGAAAAUUUCGUGCACAGUGCAGGGCAUCUAGACAGGGCGUGUAGGAACAAUCAAACAUUAACUGGAGAAACGCCAAGCUGUUCUGCACUAGAAGACACGGUAUCCAGCACACACCAUGUCGAUCUAAGACGGCGAAGAAGUACAAGCCCCGCCGAUAAAAUCUACACAUUUAGCAAUUCAUUCUAUCGGAUCAAACGGAAAGGGGAGAUAAUUGCUUGGCAGUUCUACAGUUUGUUUUCUGGAAAAGUAACGUUCCAGGUCUGGCGUCAGGCGGGUGAUACAGAUAGUUACAAGUUGUUGGGAAGUAACGAGAUAGAAGACACACUAGAGGACAGGCUUGUAACAAUGAAUGUAUCUAUAGAUCAGAGAAUUUCUGUUCAACCUGGAGAUUUUAUUGGACUAUACCUUUCUGCUACUAAUCCUGGUGGGAUUGUGUAUGAUACAUGUAAAGUAAAGUAUGAUCCUGAAGGAGGGAACCAGCUGGUUCCUACAGGCAGUGCCCCAUGGCGGGUAGGACAGUAUUACAAAAUGAAACAAACUUCUUCAUGCAAAUUAUUUUCUAUCAGUGCUAAAAUCGGACCAAAGAGAACAGCUAAUAUACAGUCUCUGAAGAGAGCAUGGAGCAGGUUUCUUCAAUUUCACAGGUGAUUGCAAUAUAGUUAGUACCCGUGUGAAAUAAGCUAAAUGUCUAUCCAAAAUAUGUAGUUCCUCAUUUUAUCAUAAAUAGGUUGUAAAUACCGGGUACGGAUACUGUAAAAUGACAGCUGUAACUGGAGAUAAACAGCAGAGUGAAGCAACCAUGUCAGUUCUGUUUUAACGACAGGCAGUUAGCUUAGUUUUCCUGGAUUCUGUACCAGUACAAACCAGUUCUCUGCAAGUAACUGCCAACUUCUUCACAUGAAUCUGUGGUGGAGGAUUAAUGAUCUGCGCUCUACCUAUUGAGCUAUGCAGGAAGGCGCAACCAUGUCAGACAUCUUCAAUGUGUGUGAAUGCUUUUAUAGUCAAAGGCAAUAUUUUUACAAGACUGGAGAAUUUUCAUGAGAUAGAAUACCCAUCAUUUACAAUUUUGUUUUAGCAUUUGCAGUCAGUUCUUACCGAAGUUUAUUACAAUUUUUAAGGGUAAUUGUAGCAAAGACUGUGUGCGCGGUACACUGUCCAGAUUUUAAAUGUGCUAUUUUUUUCAUAAUGUGUAUGUUACGAUUGAUUGUAAUGCUACAUGUAAAUACAUGUAAUUUGUUACAUUUUGUAUCUAAACAGUAAUAAUUCAACAAGUAUUUUAUCUAGUAUUUAAAUUUUACUCUUUUAAAAAAAAUUAUUUAAAGAUUUACUUAAUUACUUUACUGUUAACUUUUAAAACGACUAGAAAUGAAAGCAAAAAAUGUACCUGAUCAGAGAACCUGAUAGUAUUGUGUAAAGUCAGCAGUUUCAACCUAUAUUUGUAAUGUUUCACAAGGAGGCAGUUUAUUAAUACCUGAAUACUGUGUAUUUACAUCUGAUUAUUCCAAGAUAAUGACUUGUUGCAUUGUUUUAAAAAUAUUGACAUCUAGAGAAUAUGCCAUCUGCUGAGGUAAAUCAUAACAUCGUCUGUUAGUGAAUUACUUGUCUACUGCAGUCUUAAAGAAGUUAGGUUAUUAGUAUUAUGUAACACCUAGCUUCUAACAUUUUGUUGAAAGGAACACUUUUUCUCGGUGAUAUCUUUCUCCUAGUGAUAUCACUUUGCAUAGAGAUAUUCAAACAGAUUUUCCCCAUUUCAGCAUAUUCUCUAUGCAUUUUCCCCAUGUUUUACAAAAUAAAUACUUAUAUUUUUGUUUGGAAUGCAAUCAUUGUCACCAUCAGUAAUUAUAAGGUAACAGGGCACAAAAUUGUUCACAUAAUUUAUAUACAGCACAUUCUGUAAGUAUUUUCCCCAUUUCUGCAUAUUCUCUAUACAUUUUCCCCAUUUCAGCAUAUUCUCUAUGCAUUUUCCCCAUUUCAGCAUAUUCUCUAUGCAUUUUCCCCAUUUCAGUAUAUUCUCUAUGCAUUUUCCCCCCAUUUCAGCAUAUUCUCUAUGCAUUUUCCCCAUUUCAGUAUAUUCUCUAUGCAUUUCCCCAUUUCAGCAUAUUCUCUAUGCAUUUUCCCCAUUUCAGCAUAUUCUCUAUGCAUUUUCCCAUUUCAGUAUAUUCUCUACCAUGUAAAUAUUAGAUACAGUUGCUGUUGUUGUAACUGUACCAAUUACAAAUACAAAAUACAAAGUAUCCCACAACAGCAUGUCUAAUAAUUAUUUUUUUAUUAUUUAUAAAACAUAUACAACAAUAUACCAGGACAUGUGACAUGUUCGUGUAAUAAAUAUUUAUAGCACACAUUCGUUUGUUUUUUACUUCUGAAGACAUAGACAUAAUGAAGUGUAUAAGAAACUAAAGUUUAUCAACAUCUUGGUAUCUUUUAACAAAAUCUCACUGAACAUUGUUUGCAGUAUGUCCUUAAUGCAUGUAACAAAUUCAAAAUACAACACCACAAGAUCUUUUAUUACAUGACUAUUAUAUAUGUGCCAUUCCAUGAGAAAACCUGUAUUAGUGACAUUAGAUAAUUAUUGCAU